UGGUAGCAAAGGAAAAUGAUGUAAACGCCCACGUUAUCUGGUCAGAGGGAAGGUGGCAGAUGAUGUAAAUAAGUGAGUAAAGGGAGGGGAAUGUGAGAUGUUGCUUUUCCCACUCAGUUUGACUUGCAAUAUUCCUUUUUCUCUCGUCUCCCUCGUUGCGUGCGUGAUUCCUUGCUUUCGGAUUUAAAAAAAAAAAAAAAAAAAAAACAGCUGAAUCUGCAAGUUAGGGUUCUUCCGACAUGAAUCUGGCCCCAAUCUCCAGCAACUAAAAAAAAAGGGAUGAAGAGACUAAGAUCCAGCGACGACCUUGAUUCCUGUAAUGAUAAGAAUGUUGACGAAGAACCUCCUCUCAACUCGGACCGCUCCCACCGGGGCUUCUUCCACAAGUCCUUCUCUCACGACCGCGACCGUGAACGCGGGGAAGAUGCCGGCUUCUCGAGAGGUUUUUCGCGUAGGCGAUCCAAUCGGGACUUUGAUAAUCAUCGAAGGAAAGAGCCGGAUGCCCGGUUCCAUCGAUCUGAGAGCGCUUGUUUCUCGAGGAGGGCUUUUCCAAAGGGAUUUCGUUCUGAGAGGGAGAGGCCCAACAGGGAAGCUAGUGUCUCUUCCUGGAGGAGGUUUGGUGGUCCUGGUAAUGACUUUGGCGUCCAAGACCGUGAUAGGAGACUAAGGGACGCUGAGAGGGAUAGGAGUCUCAUAUCCCCUUCUUGGCCCAGAGACGAUCAAUCCAAAUUCAAGCUCCUCGAUUCCAGAAAUUCCCGCUCCAGAUCCAAAUCUCUUGCUUCUCCUACAUGGUCCAAAGAUUCCGGGAGCGAGCAGUCCAAAAGUGUUGGCAAUGUUGUCAAGAAAAGCGAGGAUCAAGUGCUGGGUUCUAGCAGUAGCGAGAUGGAGGAAGGAGAGCUUGAGCCUGACCCUCAACCAGAUACCGGGCUUGCUCCUCAUACCAAAGAUGACACUCAACAACAACCUUCCUGCGCUGCUGCUGCUGACCAUAAUGACUCCAGAAUUGAUAGUAGCUUCCAGGAGAUGGAAAAAACAACCGCCGAUACCGAAAGCAACAGGGAACUCAGUCAUGUGGGUGAAAUGGAAACGGCUAAGAGCAUGACGGAUCAGAAAACUGUUGAGGAAGGGGAAAAUGUGCCUGAGCAUGCCAGUGACACCAUGCAUGUUUUGAAUGACACUUCUACAGCUUCGGCUAGUGAACUCGAGCGCAGAGUUGACACAACCAUUGCUAGUGCCAAUGAGAUUACUGAUAUGGUCGAUGAUAACGGUGAUAACAGUGACAAAAAAUUCAAGGAGAACCAUGAAGUGAAGUUGGAGGAAAGUCUUUAUCAGGAAGUCCCUCAACGGUUUCAGGUAAAAGAGUUUAAGGAAGUGAAGGAUAUCGAUGGUGAUGCCAACGAAGUGGAAGUUGAAGGCAAUGAAUGUGUUGAGGAAACUGCUCUAGCGAAUAGAACGCCUUCAGAAUACAUUAGCAUUGUAUCGGAUAGCUCGGUCCACAAACGCAAGGAUAAAGGCACAAAUUCUGAUGUCCCCCUUACUCAUUUACUUGGCAAUGCACUCUUUUCUGAAAGAAAGUCCGAGGAUCUUUCUGAAAGGGAUGAAGAUGAAAAAGAUGACAACUUCGGAGGACGGAGUAUUAGAGGGUUUCAACUCUUCUCUAGUUCUCCGGUUAGAAGAACAAAUAAAACUGAGCAGUCAAGUGUUAGUAAGCCCAAGGAUGAGAAAUUGUUGUUGGAGCCACUGGAUCUGUCACUUAGCCUACCAGAUGUAUUGUUGCCGAUUGGUGGCCAGGAUACGAAUCAGCCUCUGGGGUCACCAUUCCGUUCUGGAAGUGUUCGGUCUUUGACAGACACGUUUUGUACUAAUUCUGAUGGCUUCACCAUGUCUAUGUCGUUUUCAGGUUCCCGCUCGUUCAAUCAUAAUCCAAGCUGUUCGUUGAAUCACAAUAUUGGAGAUAAUGAGCAGUCAGUUCAUAGCCGACCUAUAUUUCAAGGUAUAGAUUGGCAGGCACUUUCUCAUAAUGAUUCAAAGUACAACGAGAAUAUAGUCUAUCAAAGACUGAUGGAAAAUGGAAGCGGUUCAGUUCAACCUCAAGCAAUGAAAGGCAUUUUAAUUUCUGGUCAGGCUGAUGAAGAGCAUCUUAGAUUGACUGAUGGGAGCUCUAACGCAGCUAAUAGACUUGAAAAACAACUAAGUUUUCAGAAAAUUAUUGAUGCUAGAUUAGCUUGCUCAAGAACCGACUCUCUUGAAAAUGGUCCAAAGUUUAAUGUUGAGAAGAAAAAAGCCAAGGACUUUUGCAGUGGUAGCAAUUCCUGGAUAAAUGGGCUGGAAUCUGGUGGGCAUGAGUUUGUUGAGACGGUCAUCGGAUACAUUCUCUCAGAUUCAAUGCAUCUGAUGACCAAGAGAUUUCAUGAGAUGCCCACUCGAUACAUAACUAGCCUGAAGGAAAACAUACGGCAGAUGAUGCUGAACAUGGAUAAGAAUGUACAACUUGGUACUUUUCAAGAUGCUCUGCAGAACAGGACUGAUAUAACACUGGAAUUGCUUACAAAAUCUCAUCGUGCUCAGUUGGAGAUUUUGGUCGCACUGAAAGUUGGGCGUUCGGAUUUCCUUCAGUUGGACAACAGCAUCUCGUCUUCCCAGUUAGCUGAGAUUUACAUGAACAUGAGAUGCAAGAAUAUUUCUUGUAGGGUUUUGGUGCCUGUGGAUGAAUGCGAUUGCAGGGUUUGUUUAAGGAAGGAUGGAUUUUGUAGUGCUUGCAUGUGUCUAGUGUGCUCAAAUUUCGAUAUGGCAUCCAACACCUGUAGCUGGGUUGGGUGUGAUGUGUGUCUUCAUUGGUGCCACACAGAUUGUGGGAUAAGAGAAUCUUACAUCCGGAAUGGGAUCAAUGAUGCUUCUGGUGCUCCAGGAAUUACUGAGAUGCAAUUCCACUGCGUCGCCUGUAACCAUCCCUCGGAGAUGUUUGGCUUUGUCAAAGAAGUGUUUCUGAAUUUUGCCAGCGAAUGGAAGUUUGAGCACUUUUGCAAGGAACUGGAGUAUGUCAAAAAGAUAUUUUCAUCAAGCAAAGACUCUAGAGGGAAACAGUUGAGACAAGCUGCAGAUGCGAUGCUGGCAAGUUUGAAAAGUAAAUCAAUAGGCCUUCCUGAAGCUUGCAAUCGGAUAUUGGGUUUCAUUUCAGACUGUGAUUCAUUCACUCCUGGUAAAACUUCUGUGCCGUUCAGUUACGAACAGCCAAAACCCAGGCAUGAGAGGGGAAGCCCUAGUAAGGACACGGCGUGGCUGAGAUCGGUGUGCUCAGAUAAACCGCAUCAUCAGCUGAAAAGGUCCGCGAGCGUAGCUGAUGUGUUCCACAGAGAGACACAAGCUGAAAUAUGUGGAGUGGAGAUUGGAUUGAAAAGGGGAUUGCCAAAGGAACCUCCUCAUUUCGAAGAACUGGAGAGCAUCGUGAGGAUGAAGCAAGCAGAGGCAGAGAUGUUCCAAGGACGGGCAGAUGAUGCAAGAAGAGAAGCAGAGGGGCUGAAACGAAUAGCAAUAGCGAAGAAAGAUAAGAUAGAGGAAGAGUACAAGAGGAGAAUAGGGAAGUUGAGCAUGGAGGAUGCAGAAGAGAGAAGAAGGUGGAGGCACGAGGAGUUGGAGGCAAUAGAGAGAGGGCAGAGAGAGUUCUAUGAAAUGAAGAUGAGAAUGGAGGAAGAGAUGAGUGGGCUUCUCACCAAAAUGGAAGUGACAAAGCAGAGUCUGGCCUUGUAAUAUUUGUAGCAGUAAUCAUAUGUAAUGUACACACAACCAUAUGUACCUUAAGAUAAAUGUAAGGUCUUGUCUUUAAUU